GCAGCAGCAUCCACUAAAUCAUUUUUGCUCCCCUGCUCCUGCAAAUUUCCUGUGUCUCUAUUGCCUCCUCGAAAACCUCAUAUUCGGCGUCAUCCUUGAGUCCAUUAGACCCCUCUACAACCCUCUCCUCAACAACCUCAACUUCCACACUCCUGUAAUGCCAGGUGUGAUCCCAACGAACCCCCACGUAUAUUCUCCAAUACACACGUAGUCGCUACAGUGGCAAAUCCGAUAUUCCGUCAAAGUACGGGUCCGUUUUCGCAUCCCAAACGGCGUCCGUAUAAAUACCGCAACGACCCAGGUCAUCGUCCUUGGAGCUCCCUGUUCUGAGACACAGCAGAGAGAGCGAGCGAAGAGCCCUUGACAAGCAGGUUACCAAAACGCACCGUUUCGCCUGGAAGAAAUGGGGAAUAGGAGGUUCGCGCAGGUCUCGACGAGCGAUGACGAAGACGACGACGUCUCGCCGCGGAAUCACCAGCAGACGGCGCGGGAGACGUCGUCGCGGAAGAGGAAGCAGGUGAAGAUUCGAGAAGGGGACGACGAAGAGUCGGAGGAGGAAGAGAAGCAGAAGAGUAAGAAGAGGAGGGGAGGGAAGGAGAAAGAGGCCGAAACAGCAUCGGGCAGCGAAGACGAGGAGGAGGAGCCACACAUUGAGGACUUGAAGCCGAUUGGCGAGGUGGUUAAGCUUUCCGGGAAGGGAAGGGGGCGGAGGCAGCACUACAAGGCGUUUGAGUACGACGGGACCCGAUUUGACCUGGAGGAUCCUGUUCUUCUAACUCCUGAGGAUACAAGACAAAAGCCUUAUGUGGCAAUUAUCAAGGAUAUAAGUAGGACCGGAGGUGGGAGCAUGAUGGUAUUAGGACAGUGGUUUUAUCGUCCUGAAGAGGCAGAGAAAAAAGCUGGGGGGAACUGGCAAUCAACUGAUACAAGGGAGUUGUUUUAUAGUUUCCAUCGUGAUGAGGUUCCUGCAGAAUCUGUAAUGCAUAAAUGUUUGGUUCAUUUUGUUCCGUUAAACAAACAGCUGCCAAGUCGUAAACAGCAUCCUGGCUUCAUUGUGCAAAAGGUGUAUGACACCCAAGGGAAAAAACUCUGGAAGCUGACAGAUAGAGACUAUGAAGAGGAUAAGCAACAUGAGAUUUACUUGUUAGUUAAGAAAACUAUUAAACUAUUGGGAGAACUUCCUGAUAUAGAGAUUGCAGAUAACACUGGUUAUCAGGGUGAUCAUUUGAAGACUAAAAGUGGUCAGAUUAAAAAGAAUAUGUCACCCCUUGACGUUUCUAGGGUGGAAGAAGCAACUGCUAGGCCUGGCCCAAAUCAAAAAGCUGAAACACCUGGAAGCUGCACAACAAGUAACACAGAAUAUCAUUCCAUUUUAGCCAAGUCCAUGGCACUAACCGGAGACACACUACGUGACAGAUGGAUGGAGAAACUUCUUCAAAAUAUUCGGCACCAUGUAUGCAACUCUGCUGACACCACGAACGGUGUUGAAAAGAGAAAAUCUGGUUCUGAUGAUAUUGAUCAUGAAAGUGACCAUAAGUCCCCAGAAGUUGGGAAUGGAUCUCAGGAUAAUCUCAAGAGUGGCAAAACGUCUUUUCUCUGGCCAGAGGAUGCUGUUCAUGCAGUUACUUCUCUAGAGAAGGCUUCGCAUGAAUCUCUCUCCUUUGAUUUCCAAAAGUAUAACCAGAAGUUGCGGCAACUAGGAUUCAAUCUCCAGAAAAAUUCGUUCCUAGCCCGUCGUCUGCUAAAUCAAGAAUUGGAACCUUUAACAAUAGUGAACAUGUCACCCGAUGAGUUAAAGGAGGGUUUAACGGCUGAGGAGAGAGCAAAGAAGGAGCCUGAUGAUUGGGAGCGUAUGCAGAUGACUGAUGCUCGUUGCUCAAGAUGCUCGGAGUUUAAAGUGGGAGUUAGGGACAUUAUUCAAGCAGGAAAUAGUGCUCGCUAUCAGCUGGAGUGUAUUUCCUGUGGUCAUUCAUGGUAUGCCGCCCGGGAUGUGGUUUCAAUGCUCACAAUUGACUCACCCAGUUCUAACAAGAACGUGGGGACGGCUCCUUUGGCCACUGCCAAGUUCGAAGACGUUGAGAAGAAGCUGGUGAGCCCUCGUGAGUCUGACAAGGCAACCAAGGACACUGUAAGAAAAACAACUGAAGCAUAUAUGCCGGUCUUGGAAGCGCAAAGAUCAUUUAUUAAGUCUAAAAAGGAAGAAAAUUCUGAAUCUGCAAAGAAACCUGAGUAGAAAUGCGGCGUUUGUCAUAGUUUUUGGAUCUGGAAAGUUUAGGUUAGGUUGAUGGAUUAUCUACGGAAUGCAGCCUUGGUAGUUUGUACAGUCGUAUACAUGUGCAUAUGUUAAUCCAUGGUUUCUUUCCCAGACUUGAGAGAAUAGAAUUAACCAAGUUAAAGCGGUUUCCUUGUGUAGGAGUAGGAUAUUCUGAGGCCUCGGAACAGGGUUUAGGAUAAGAUAAGUUCGACGUGAUCAUGAGCCCUUUUUUGUAUCUGCUGCUGAUGCUCCAAAGAUGGAAAACACUGACCGACCGGACAAGUAAAGGAGAUGGAUGCAUUAUACCUGUUUUUUGUUCCACCAUUCUAUUGAAUGAGUUUUGUGGGUUUAGCAAGUUCCAUUGUGUCGUUGCAGUCUUUAUUUCGCUGUGUAUGCUUCUGUGUGGGUGGCAUUUGCAUCAAAUGGUAAACAGAGUUAAUAUUGUACUUGGUUUAGUAUGCAGUGACUGAGAAGUAAAAAGUGAGGGAAAUAAUAAUUAGAAUGUGAAGGAUUUUAAGUUGGUGUGUGGUGUGUGGUGUGUGGUGUGUGGUGGGUGGUGGUGGUGGAGCUCUAAUUAAAUAUGUAAAUGCAUAUUUGGAUAAUUGGUAGGUGAUCGAUUAAUUGAUAAAAGUAAGGCAGCUAAUUCGCCUACUUGUUGGAGCA